UUAUCACGGAAAAGGACAUAUAGCCAUAGGGCAAGAGAGCGGUGCCUCCACGUAAACGACGUCGUGAACAUCUUCUAGUCGUCGUCACUUGAACGACUUCCGACCACUCUACUUUCCCAAAACCCGAAAUUCAUCCACAAUUCCAACAGAUCCGUAAGUCAAUCGGUGCGAAAACGAUGAAGCUUUGAAUCCAAUUGUAGAGUAGAAGAAAGAAUGAGUAGCAGAAGCCACCCUGCUGUUCACCCAUUAGAUGUUGAAAUCCCCCAAUUGACUGAACCAGCAGCUGCUGCUGGUGCUGAAAACGAUGGUAGACCUGAUGAUAGAGUCAGAAUGAAGGAUAUUCAAGGCAUGCCUGGAACUCCAACUAACCUUGCUUUGCGGUUGUUUCAGUUUGCCUUCGCUGCCGUUUCUGUUUCCGUCAUGGCUGCCACCAGUGACUUCCCCUCCGUCACCGCCUUCCGGUACCUUGUUGCAGCUCUGAGCUUGCAAUGCCUAUGGAGUCUCUCACUUGCCAUCGUUGAUAUUUAUGCCCUCUUAGUGAAGCGCAGUCUUAGAAACCCGAGAAUUGUUGCCGUGUUCACAAUCGGAGAUGGGAUUACAUCAACUCUUACGUUUGCUGCAGCAUGUGCAUCAGCUGGUAUAACUGUUCUCAUCGGUAAUGACUUCAAUAACUGUUCACAGAACCAUUGCACCAGGUUCGAGACAUCAACGGCUAUGGCUUUUGUCAGUUGGUUCGCUGUUUCACCAUCGUUUUUCUUGAAUUUCUGGUAUUUAGCAUCUGGAUGAAAGUUGGUAUAUAGGUUGGGUGUCGGUGAAAGAAUGUUAUGUUUGUACUCUCUGUACCUUGUAUGGUUUUUGCUUGGUGAUCCAUCCAUGGUUUGUGUUGACUAUGAUUAACCUAAUGCAAUGCCUGCUUCCCUCUUUAUUUUG